CGACCCACACGCAUGCAAACUGGUCAACAUGGACGGCUCACUACGCUGCCUCCCUCUGCCUUCCCAACCUCUUCUUCCUUUGCCUUCCCAACCUCUUCUUCCUAUCUCCCCAUCAGACCACAAACUAUGUGAUUACCACUAAAUAAUCAACUCGUUUAAAACCAAACCCGCUUCGUUUCCACAUUCUUCAAUUCAAUUUUUUUUUUUUCAAAAAGAAAAUCGAAACACGGUGUUUGUCUGUUGUUCCAAGUUUUGGUUCUGGUCUGACUGCGGCACAACCUGUGAUUUUAACUUUCAACCGCAUGCAUUCUAAUAAAACAUCCUUUGCUUUGAACAGUUUUGAAUAUUAGAAGCGAUUUGCGUUCUAGUUUUCACGCUCUUGUUGAUGUCUUCGCAGAAUUGGUUUAUCAUAUAGCCACGAAUUCUUCAAAGAGGAAGAACAAAUUCACCUUGGACGGAUCAUGUCCGACGACGAAACUGAUCCCUGGCGCGUUCAAGCGUUCAUCAUUUUCUUGUUUUUGAUCGCAGGUACAAUUGUCGCCGGAGAUUCUCUCCAAAGUGACAGAGAAGUUCUUCUGAAUCUGAAAUCGUUUCUCGAAAAAAACAAUCGGGUCUAUCGGGGGCGAUACACUGAGUGGAAAACAGAGAGUUCAUCACCAUGUGCUUGGCCUGGAAUUUCGUGCAAUGACCUGCGAGUCACCGGCAUCCACCUCUCCGACAACAACAUUUCCGGCCAGAUAUUCGAAAAUUUUUCUGCCUUAACCGAACUUACGCACCUCGAUCUCUCGAUGAACACUAUCAGCGGGACGAUUCCGGCGGACCUGAGCCGAUGUCAGAGGCUAGUUUUUCUCAAUCUAUCGCACAACAUCAUCCACGGAGAACUGAACUUGACUGGGUUGAACAACUUAAAAACACUUGAUUUGUCUAUGAACCGAAUUUGUGGAGAAAUUGGGUCAACUUUUCCAGCGAUUUGUGACAGGCUUGUCGUUGCUAACAUCUCGGUGAACAAUUUCACCGGCCGAAUCGACGACUGCUUUGAAGAGUGCCGGAAUUUGCAGUACCUCGAUUUGAGCUCGAACAACUUCAGUGGAGAAAUUUGGAGAGGGUUUGUAAGGCUUCAAUAUUUAUCGGUUUCGGACAAUAAACUGGUUGGCCCCCUUACUCCUUCAAUGUUCGCCGAUAAUUGCAGUUUGCGACUUCUGGAUUUGUCGGAGAACGAUUUCGUCGACGAGGUACCGAAGGCGAUCGCGAAUUGUAGAAAUCUGAGUAUUUUGAACUUGUGGGGGAACAAUUUCACGGGAAGAAUUCCCUCCGAGAUUGGUUCAAUUUCAAGUCUAGAAGGCCUUUUCCUUGGAGAAAACAGUUUUUCUCGAGAAAUUCCAGAGUCUCUUCAGAACUUAAGCCACUUGAAAUUUUUGGAUCUAAGCAAGAACAAUUUCAAAGGAAACAUACAGACGAUUUUUGGGAAAUUUGUCCAGCUGAAGUUUCUGGUGUUGCAUGGAAAUUCAUACACAGGUGGGAUAAACUCCUCGGGAAUUCUCAAGUUACCAAACGUUUCCCGAUUAGACCUCAGCUACAACAAUUUCUCCGGUCCAUUGCCAGUCGAAAUAUCCGAAAUGCAGAAUUUGAAGUACUUGAUUCUUGCCUUCAAUCAAUUUAAUGGUACAAUUCCCCUGGAAUACGGGAAAUUACCAAUUCUCCAAGCCCUCGAUCUUUCUUUUAACAGACUGACCGGUUCAAUACCGGCGACUAUUGGAAACUUAAGCUCCCUUCUCUGGUUGAUGCUGGCAAAUAACUCGCUUUCCGGGGAGAUUCCAACAGAGAUAGGAAAUUGCAGUAGCUUGUUAUGGCUGAAUCUCGCCAACAAUCAACUUUCCGGGAAGAUCCCCCCCGAAUUAAAACUCAUCGGCAAAGAUCCAUCACCGACGUUUCUGUCCAAUCAGCAGAAUGAUCGGAUUAUUGCAGGCUCUGGCGAGUGUUUGACAAUGAAGAGAUGGGUUCCGGCGGACUACCCUCCGUUCAGUUUUGUCUACACUCUCCUCACAAGGAAGAAAUGCAGAAGCAUUUGGGAAAGGAUGCUCACAGGGUAUGGCCUUUUUCCGGCGUGCACCCUCGGGUCAAUGGUUAGGACAUUUCAAAUCUCCGGUUAUGUUCAACUCAGCGGGAAUCUUUUAACCGGCGAGCUGCCGCCAGAAAUCGGUGAGAUGCAGAACUUCAGUCUUCUGCAUUUUGGUUUCAACAGGUUUUACGGAAGACUCCCUCCAGUGAUGGGGCAGCUGCCACUCAUGGUCCUAAACAUCUCCCGGAACAAUUUCUCCGGCGAAAUUCCGAUUGAAAUAAGCCAAGCGAAAUGCUUGCAGGGCCUCGACAUGUCCUACAACAACUUCUCCGGCGAGUUCCCGACGAGUUUGGCGAACUUGACAGAGCUGACCAAGUUCAACAUUUCCUACAACCCCAGCAUCUCCGGCGAGAUUCCCACCACCGGGCAAUUCUCAACGUUUGAAAAAGAAUCCUACCUCGGAGACCCGCUGUUGCGCCUUCCAACUUUCCUCAACACCACACAUUCCUCCCCCGCAAACAAAAAAUACGGCGGAAAGCCCAAAAGGCCUACAAAAUUUACUGCAAUUUUGGUGUUUUUGGCUCUAACUCUGGCUUUCUUUGUCUGUGGAGGAUUGUCCCUCAUAGUCUGCAUCUUAGUGAAACACCCAGAGGAAUCACCGGGAUAUCUCCUAGAGGAAUCAAAAUACCAGAACGGCUUCGUAUCAUGCUCAAGUACCGGUUCAUCGCCAUGGCUAUCCGACAGGGUGAAGGUCAUUCGCCUGGACAAAACGGCGUUUACCCACGCCGAUAUUUUGAAGGCCACUGGAAAUUUCUCCGACGACAGAAUCUUAGGGAAGGGAGGAUUUGGAACGGUUUACAGAGGAGUAUUGCCUGACGGGAGAGAAGUGGCGGUGAAGAAGCUACAGAGAGAAGGUGUAGAAGGGGAGAAAGAAUUCAGGUCGGAAAUGGAGGUUUUGACCGGAAAUGGCUUCGGGUGGCCGCACCCCAACCUCGUGACACUCUACGGGUGGUGCCUCCACGGGGCGGAGAAGUUGCUGGUAUACGAGUACAUGAAAGGGGGGAGCCUGGAGGAGCUCGUUUCGGACAGGGAAAUGCUGACGUGGCAGCGGCGCGUGGACGUCGCAGUGGACGUCGCGCGUGCGCUGGUGUUCCUUCACCACGAGUGCUUCCCGGCGAUCGUCCAUCGCGACGUGAAGGCCAGCAACGUGAUGCUGGACGGGGACGGGAAGGCGCGCGUGACGGAUUUCGGGCUGGCGAGGGUGGUGGACGCCGGGGACACCCACGUCAGCACCAUGGUGGCGGGCACGGUGGGUUACGUGGCGCCGGAGUACGGGCAGACGUGGCAGGCGACGACGAAAGGGGACGUGUACAGUUAUGGGGUCCUGGCGAUGGAAUUGGCGACGGGGCGGCGGGCGCUGGACGGCGGGGAGGAAUGCUUGGUGGAAUGGGCGAGGCGUGUGGCAGCGGCAGAGCAAGAGAAACAGGUAGAGGGAGAAGGAGAAGAGGAGGGUUUAGGCUUGGGUACGGCGGCGAUACCGGUGGCGCUUUUGGGGUGGGAGGCGGCGGAGGGGGCGGAGAAGAUGUGCGACCUGCUUCGGAUUGGGAUAAAGUGCGCGGCGGAAACGCCGCAGGCGAGACCGAACAUGAAGGAGGUGCUAGCUAUGUUGAUUAACAUUUGCAAUGACGAUUGUCGUGAUCACGAUUUCUGCUGCUCACCGCCCUCGUGAUUUUGUUUUUGGAUCCGGAAGUACAGGAAAUUUUGUUUCAUAUUUUGGUUUGAUUUACACACAAAAGUGGAGAAACAUAAUAUUAGCAAUUAAGUAGCAGCAGCCCACAGGCAUUCUUCUUGUAUACAGAAUACAAACAUUCCUCAUUUCAUUAAUGUCGAAGAUUUUAUAUGUAGCAAAUUUAGAAUGAACUCUUCUUGUCGGAUCCAUGGUGUGGGAUUUUUCCCAGCAGAAAUCUGUUUAAAGCUCACAGUUUUGUCCUCAA